AUGGCCAGUUCAGCCCGAGAACAUCUGCUUUUUGUGCGGCGUCGCAACCCACAGCUGCGGUAUACUCUGAGCCCAGAGAAUCUGCAGAGUUUGGCCUCUCAGGGCACCAUGGCUGAGAACAUGAACUUGCAGCGUGCCAACAGUGACACUGAUUUAGUGACCUCGGAUAGCAGGUCUAGUUUGACAGCCAGUAUGUAUGAAUAUACUCUGGGGCAAUCUCAGAACCUCAUCAUUUUCUGGGAUAUUAAGGAAGAAGUAGACCCGACUGACUGGAUAGGACUUUAUCAUAUAGAUGAGAACUCUCCAGCCAAUUUCUGGGAUUCCAAGAAUCGGGGAGUGACUGGCACACAAAAAGGGCAAAUUGUAUGGCGAAUUGAACCUGGCCCCUAUUUUAUGGAAUCUGAAAUAAAGAUCUGUUUUAAGUACUACCAUGGUGUUAGUGGAGCCCUCCGAGCUACUACUCCAUGUAUCACUGUGAAAAACCCUGCUGUGAUGAUGGGAGUAGAAGGCAUGGAUGAAGGUGCUUCUGGAGCCCAGCACUCUAGGAAGUUGGUCAGCUUUACCCUAUCAGAUAUUAGAGCAGUUGGACUUAAAAAGGGCAUGUUCUUCAACCCUGAUCCUUAUCUAAAGAUGUCCAUUCAGCCAGGCAAGAAAAGUACGUUUCCUACAUUUGCUCAUCAUGGCCAGGAAAGAAGGUCGACUAUCAUCAGUAACACAACUAAUCCUGUUUGGCACAGAGAGAAAUAUUCUUUUGUUGCACUUCUAACAGAUGUCCUGGAGAUAGAAGUUAAAGACAAAUUUGCCAAGAGUCGUCCGAUCAUCAAGCGUUUUCUUGGGAAGUUAACCAUACCCGUUCAGAGACUAUUGGAGAGACAUGCAAUUGGAGACCAGAUUCUCAGCUACAAUCUUGGGAGAAGGCUCCCAGCUGAUCAUGUGAGUGGAUAUCUCCAAUUCAAAGUGGAAAUCACAUCUUCUGUUCAUGAAGAUGCUUCACCAGAAACAGUUGGCACUUUGCUAGGAGUGAACUCUAUAAAUGGAGACUUAGGGAGCCCUUCUGAUGAUGAGGACAUGCCAGGAGGACAUCAUGAUACAUCCACAGUGUGUUCCAAUGGUCCGGUCCUCGAGGAUUCUUCUGGAGAAGGAAUUCUGAGGCACCCAUUAAGGACUAGUACAACUCUGGAGACAGACCAGGAUGAGUUGACCUCUGGUGCUUCAAGAUCAUCACCUAUUAGAGGUCGCCAGGACUCACUAAAUGACUAUCUGGAUGCAAUAGACCACAGUAAUCACCCCAGACCAGGGACGUCAGCCUGCGGUGAGCGUCCACGUGGAGCCUCCCCAAAACUGAGGAGUAGCUUCCCUACUGACACGAGACUUAAUGCUAUGCUUCACAUUGACUCGGAUGAGGAGGAGCAUGAGCUACAUCAAGAUCUGGCUUUUCCGUCUUCCUUGGAAGAUGAUGGUGGUUUAGUAAUGCUUAAUGGUGCUACAAGGAAUGUUGAAAGAAAUGAUUUAAGUUACUCAUCGGAUCAGGUAACUCAGGGGCCUGCAGAGAAUGAAAACGUUUCAGCCUCUGAAGCUCCUUUGCCAUCCACUGAUGACCAGCAAGAGUCUCUUCCAGAGCGUCCACCGUCACCGUUAUCAGGAGGGGAAAGCGUGCAAGGUUCUCAUAAUGAAGCAUCCGCAGACCAGGCUGGCAGCGAGUCGUGUGCCGCUCAGGAGGCCGAGCAGCCUCCUAGCAGUGCGGACGCGGGAGCUGCCGAUGCCACAGCUGGGAGCAGAAGGGGCGUUAGUGAAACGGAAUCCAUAGAUCAAGGGUCUGAGCCUUCCCAGAUGUCAUCAGAAACAGAGCAGAGUGAUCCGGCCCGCACGGAAAGUGUCAGUGAGGCUAGUACUCGGCCGGAAGGUGAGAGUGAUGUGGAAGGGGCAGAUAGCUCUUGCAACGAAAGCGUGACGGUGAGACGCUCCUCAGUUGAAAUGCGGUGUUCUUUUGAAAGUGCCAGGUUUCCUGAGACUCCAGCCUUUUCUUCUCAAGAGGAGGAAGAGGGAGCGUGUGCCACCAGUGCAGCUAGAAUUGAGCCUGGUGCUGAAACACAGGACUCUGCAAGUACUUCUGGUUCCCUGCCGGCAGUACAGUUACCGCGGGAGGAAGUACAGGAGGCUGAGGCAGGUGAAUUGCAAGACCAAGAGGAAGCGGAAGAAAUCUGGCGAAGAAGAAGCCUGCAGGUGGCAGCUGCAAAUAGCCAGUCUCGGGAUGAGGAGUCUGAAGGAGCCCAAGCAGCUUGUGAGGGUGCCACAGCACAGGUUGAAGGAGCUACUGGAGGUUCUCAAGCCAAUGGCCAUCAGCCCUUGAGGUCUCUGCCUUCGGUACGUCAGGAUGUUAGCCGGUACCAGAGAGUGGAUGAGGCUCUGCCACCAAACUGGGAAGCUCGAAUUGACAGCCAUGGACGAAUUUUUUAUGUGGACCACGUGAACAGGACAACGACAUGGCAGCGACCCACAGCGCCCCCAGCCCCUCAGAUUCUCCAGAGGUCAAAUUCCAUACAGCAAAUGGAACAGCUGAAUCGCCGGUACCAGAGCAUCCGAAGAACAAUGACUAAUGACAGGCCUGAAGAGCAUACAAAUGCUGUGGAUGGAGCUGGAGAGGAAACUGACUUUCACCAUUCUAAUGCAGAUUUUCGAAGAGAGAAUGUGCUGCCUCACUCUACCUCCAGAUCCAGACUUACUUUAUUGCUCCAGUCUCCCCCUGUGAAAUUCCUUAUCAGCCCAGAGUUCUUUACAGUGCUGCAUUCUAACCCUAGUGCCUACCGCAUGUUUACAAAUAACACGUGUUUGAAGCACAUGAUCACCAAAGUCCGGCGGGACACCCACCAUUUUGAGCGCUACCAGCACAACCGGGAUUUGGUGGGCUUCCUCAACAUGUUUGCCAACAAACAGCUGGAGCUGCCGAGAGGCUGGGAAAUGAAACAUGACCAUCAGGGCAAGGCUUUCUUUGUUGACCACAAUUCCCGCACCACCACGUUCAUCGACCCCCGGCUUCCCUUGCAGAGUAGCAGGCCCACUAGUGCAUUAGUCCAUCGGCAGCACUUAACUAGACAACGCAGCCACAGCGCCGGUGAGGUCGGAGAGGACUCUCGUCAUUCAGGACCGCCAGUUUUGCCAAGACCGUCUAGCACAUUUAAUACCGUCAGCAGAGCUCAGUACCAGGAUGUGGUUCCAGUGGCUUACAAUGACAAGAUUGUUGCGUUUUUGCGGCAGCCCAAUAUCUUUGAAAUUCUACAGGAGCGUCAACCAGAUCUUACCAGGAAUCAUUCACUCAGGGAGAAGAUCCAGUUCAUCCGGACAGAGGGAACACCUGGGUUGGUGCGUUUAUCCAGUGAUGCAGACCUUGUCAUGUUACUCAGCUUGUUUGAGGAGGAGAUAAUGUCCUAUGUGCCGCCACAUGCCUUACUUCAUCCGAGUUAUUGCCAGUCCCCAAGAGGCUCGCCGGUGUCUUCCCCUCAGAACUCUCCAGGUACUCAGCGUGCCAAUGCCCGAGCUCCAGCUCCUUACAAAAGAGAUUUUGAAGCCAAGCUGAGGAAUUUUUACAGGAAGUUGGAGACUAAAGGCUAUGGACAAGGCCCAGGGAAACUGAAAUUAAUCAUCAGGAGAGAUCAUUUGCUAGAAGAUGCCUUUAACCAGAUCAUGGGCUACUCAAGAAAAGACCUGCAGAGAAAUAAACUCUAUGUCACAUUUGUUGGGGAAGAAGGGUUGGACUACAGUGGGCCUUCAAGAGAGUUUUUUUUCCUGGUGUCUAGAGAGCUCUUCAAUCCCUAUUAUGGUUUGUUUGAGUAUUCAGCCAACGAUACCUAUACCGUACAAAUAAGUCCCAUGUCUGCUUUUGUAGACAAUCAUCAUGAGUGGUUCAGGUUUAGUGGUCGAAUUCUUGGUCUUGCUCUGAUACAUCAGUAUUUGCUAGAUGCCUUUUUUACACGACCUUUUUAUAAAGCCCUCCUCCGAAUACUCUGUGACCUGAGUGACCUGGAAUAUCUCGAUGAGGAGUUUCACCAGAGUUUGCAGUGGAUGAAAGACAAUGAUAUACAUGAUAUCCUAGAUCUCACAUUUACUGUAAAUGAAGAGGUUUUUGGGCAGAUCACAGAACGAGAAUUAAAGCCAGGAGGUGCCAACAUCCCAGUCACUGAAAAGAACAAGAAAGAAUAUAUAGAAAGGAUGGUGAAAUGGAGGAUUGAGAGAGGAGUUGUACAACAGACAGAAAGUCUAGUUCGUGGUUUCUAUGAGGUGGUUGAUGCGAGGCUCGUGUCGGUGUUUGAUGCCCGGGAACUGGAACUGGUUAUAGCUGGAACAGCAGAAAUUGACCUGAGCGAUUGGAGAAACAACACGGAGUAUAGAGGAGGUUAUCAUGACAAUCACAUUGUAAUUCGGUGGUUCUGGGCUGCUGUGGAAAGAUUCAACAAUGAACAACGACUAAGACUCUUACAGUUUGUUACGGGCACGUCCAGCAUCCCUUAUGAAGGAUUUGCCUCUCUACGGGGGAGCAAUGGUCCGAGGAGGUUCUGCGUAGAGAAGUGGGGGAAGAUCACUGCUCUUCCAAGGGCUCACACUUGUUUCAAUCGCCUGGACCUUCCCCCUUAUCCAUCAUUCUCUAUGCUGUAUGAAAAACUGUUGACAGCAGUUGAAGAGACAAGUACUUUUGGACUGGAGUGA